AUGCAGCCACUGCCAAGCGGUUCUGCCGAGACGACGAAAGAGCACGGUAGCGAGCAUGGCGCCGACGAAACAUUGCGUACUGCGGACCAUCGCCGUCAGUUCUUCAUCACACACACAAUCCAGUCAGGACCAGGUAGUGCUGAUGGUGGUGGUGGUUCUCCGAUCAUACUGCGGGACACGAAAGACCGUUGGCUAGUAGCAGGUUGUUGGCCAGCGCCGGCGAAUCUCUGA